AUGCGGUGCGACUGCUUGGCGCUCGCGGCUCAGACGAGCGAGCUGGACGCGCUGCUUUGCCGGCCGGAGCUGGACCGGCUGCGCUGUCUGGACGUCGAGCCGGACGUGAAGCGCGAGUCGCCGCUGCACCACCACCACCACCACCAUCCCCCGCACCACCACCACCAUCACCACCAUCACCACCACCACGGGCUCCACCACCACGACCCGUACCUCGAGUCGUCACCGGCGCCGGCGCCCGCCCCCAGUGACUCGCCGGUGGGUCACCCGUCGGGGGCGGGCGCACUAGCCGCCGCCUUCUCGUUGGCCACCGCCCCCGCAGCCGCCCCCGACGACGACGUCUUCCUGAGGCCGGCCAUCUGGGAGGACAUCACCUCUAGCAUCCAGAAGCUGGAUCCCGAGAACGCGGAGAUGCUCGCCGCCGCCAUCGUCAAGAUGGAGUCCCCGGACGACAUGGACCGGCUGCAAGUGCCGCUCCACCCCAGCUACUUCCAGCCGCAGCCGGCGCACCACCGACUGCAACCUCAGUCGCAGCCCCAGCAGCAGGCGGGGGCGGCAGUGGUGGUGGGGGCGGUCCCCGCGGCCGCGCCGGCGCCGGCGCCGUCGCUGUCCUACAAGCUGGCCGGCGUCGCCGCCUCCCCCCCGCAGCCUCCGCCCCCACCUGCAGCCACGGUGCUGGCGGCUGCAGCCACCCCCACGCCAAAGUACAACCGACGGAACAACCCGGAGCUCGAGAAGAGGCGGAUCCACCACUGCGACUACAUCGGUUGCACCAAGGUCUACACGAAGAGCUCCCACCUCAAGGCGCACCAGCGGAUACACACAGGUUAG